GACAACUUCUUUAGCUUGUCAACUCGGCCACGUCCUCGAGCCCCAUCAUCUACCUCAGUCAACUAUAAUCUCAAGAUGUGGCUCACAGAUGCGCAGAAGAUCGGAAUUGCCCUCGUGUCUUUCGGCAUGUUCUUCAUGUUCCUAGGGGUCAUGCUCUUCUUCGACGGAGCUCUCCUUGCUCUGGGCAACAUCCUCUUCAUCGCCGGACUCCCGCUGAUUAUCGGACCGACCAAGACCUUUUACUUCUUCAGCCGGAAACAGAAGCUCAGGGGGACGGUCUGUUUCUUCGGUGGGGUGGUCUUGGUCUUCCUCAAAUACCCUAUCAUUGGAGUACUCGUAGAAGCCGUUGGGUUCAUGGGUCUAUUCGGCGACUUCUUCCCCGUCAUUCUAAAUUUCUUGCGUCAACUACCUUUUAUCGGCACUUUCCUCUCCUUGCCAUACAUCCGAGGGCUCGUCGACCGGGUAGCAGGCGUAAGGCAGAGUGCGGUUUAAGAAGACGGACAGGUCAUCAGAGCGAACUUCAACUUGGGGGUCGGCCAGAAAUGUAUCCCGUAUAUGAACAAGAAUGCAGGAACAAACACAUGAAUAAGCUCAAU